CGCGGAAGGCUGCAGCAAAGAAUGUUAUCUAGCUCGUAGUUUUGCGCAUCAGCGCGCGUCGCAUAUGGGACGUCAUCCGAAAGGGCCCUACUGGAGUCUUCCUCGUGGGGUAGGAGAGGAGGUUGGGAGAGGGAGAGAGAGAGAACGUGUUUGUUAGCUGGGACUGUGUAGUGAAGAGACAAAAAGGAAGGAAAUGGCGGCGCUUAUCCCCGAGGAGCUGCUGCAAGCCGAUCGACUGUCUCCAGACCUGGAACGGGGUGAGCAACUUCAACAGUUGGGGAACGAGGAAGGGGCUGUCGCCUUAGUGGAAGCUGGAUCCGGAAAGCUGCAAAUAGCUGCUUUGGGUAAGAAGCGGAAGGAGGCAGCGUCUAUCCACAAAGGAAAGCCUAAAUCUGGGCGAGUAUGGAAAGACCCCGGCAAAAAGCGGUUUUCCCACAUGAUCCAGGAUAAGCCUUUACAUACUUCCUGGCAACAUAAAAUGAAAAUACGUCAGGAAAAGAAGUUGAUUAAAGAUUUUGCCCAGGAGCUGAAGGAACAAAAACAAAGGGAGCGUGAGGAGAAAAAACAGCGAAGGAGGGAUAACUUAAAAAGAAGACUACAAAAUGAGAGGAAAGCGGAGGUUGUGCAAGUGAUUCGAAAUCCCUUAAAACUGAAGCGUGCAAAGAAGAAACAUUUGCGGCGCAUUGAGAAGCGUGACACACUGGCCUUGCUGCAGAACUCCCAGGCACAACUUAAACCAGCCAAGCAAUAAGAGAGCGGAAGUCUCUUUGAUAGCACAUUGAAAGACUUCUUGAAAUGCAAAAGUUGAGAGACAGAAUCCAGUGUAUGAAGAGACGUUGCUAUAUUACAUCUUUUUAUUUGGCUUCUCUUGCAGUCAGCAAUAGGACAUUCCAUGCAAAAUAUCUCAUUGUAUCCCAAUAAUUUCUCAUCUCAUAGCUUUGGCAUUAAAAGAACAAAUUUGGGGAGGACAGCUGGGAUGUUUGAAAAUGAGAAAAAGUCCUAAGGGAGUUAUUGCAAAAUCUACAGCUUC